AUGAUGCAGAAGUGGACUAUCCUGCAGGGAAGGACACGCCAAGAAGAGGAGGAAGAAGAACAAGAAGAAGGAGGAGGAGAAGGAGUGCGGAGACGAGCACAGUGCUGUGUUGAAAAAGACCAAGAAGGAAGGGGAAAAAAAAGGAAGAAAGAAGAGCAGCCAGUUUGACCACCAAGGAGGCUAUUCUGAGGAGGUGGGCCACCGUGUCCCGGGAGGCGGGAACCAGCAUCACGUGGCGCCCUUGUUGAUGUGACCAUACGCACAUAAAAGCUGAUGAGCGGCCACCCCGAGGUCUACGUUGCUGCAGCGGCGUUCACGGCAAUCGGAGCCCUAGCAGCAUUGGCGUGUGUCGGAGAGCAGCUGAAGUUGGCUUCCUGCCUGUUGAGAUGCGCCGGGAGGAAACACUGUGAACACGAGUUGAUGCUGAUGAAAUUGAUCUGCUCAGUGAGCUCGAACCAGAGCCAUGGGGAGUACCCGGACUGCAGGAGCGAGCGCGAGACUGGGGGCGAGGCGUCUCUCCUGGUGUCUCCGCUGGUGGUGGCGGGUAUCGUCAUAGGCCUGGUGCUAUUCCUCUCCUGCGUCACCAUCAUCGUGGGCAGCCUGCGCAAAGACAGCCGGCUGAGGAACCCUCACCUGAGAGCCAGCUACGGUCCAGAUGGUUACUCCUUUGGAGGUUCCGUCGGAGAACUGAGGUCAACGUGCUUAGAAGACUUUCCCCCCAGUUUGGACUUUGACUCUUACAGUCUGUCACAAGUCAACCACCUGUACCCUGAUUCUCCACCACGUUACGAUGAAUGCGUGGGCCCCGGUUGCACUCAUAUCUACAUACCCACUGACGACCCCCCGCCUUACUCGCUAUGGGACCCCCAUCAGAACAACUCCGAAGGGGCGGAAGAGGGUCCCAGUUCUGCCAGCGCAGCCUCACCGCCCCCGGAGCAUCGACACAUCGCAUCCAUCUCCUUCCCAUUGGAGGCUGCGCCGGCGUACGAGGCGGUGUUCAGCGAGCAGGGCCAGCCCCUCCCCCUGGUGCCAUGUGACCUUUUUAAAUACCAAUCAGAGAGGCACGCUGACGUCAACAGGCGACAGUCGGGUAUCAGCCAGAUCUCAUAGGACAACUCUUUUGGACCUUUUCUCUGCUUGAGUUGGACACAAACAGUAAAGGUUUUUAGGUACUUUCCACACUUUUUUUGUAGACUGAAACUCAAGAGAGAGUUUACGGACUAAAACUCAUCCUGGUGAAAUGGGGAUCUCAUCGAAUGACUCACCAUCCAUGUUGUGGUAACACAAUGGCAUAGUUUUAAUUUUGACUGAACCCCAGGAACAAACUGAUUAUUUUCAAGUUGAAGUUAUUAGACACAAGCACAGAGCAAAGCAUCCUUUUAAGUCAUUCAGGAACAAUGCAUAUUGGUGUUUUGCUCACUUUCCUAGCAAAGCAACCACAAUCUGGGUCACAUCAAAUAAAAAAUGUGCAAUUAACCCCCCUCCACCAAAAAAGAAAUUAAAAAAAAAUAAUCGCUUGUACCUGACAAAAGGGUGGUUGUACUUGUUGCGGCCAAUAAUGCCACCUCUGCUCUGGCAACUCAAGUAAGUCAUGGUUAAUGCUUCCUUUCUGCAUUAAGUCAGUCGUGUCAAAACAGGCCAUCAGAGCAAUUUUCUUUAAAAAAAAAAACAACAAAUUUAGCUACUUAUGAAAUUUUAUUUAAAUAUGUUUUGCAACUUUUGUAAAGUGAUUCUCACACACGCAUUUUCAUGCUUCACGAAAUUAUUUAUUUCAAUUGCCCCAAAAGGAUAAAACACCCUGCCUGGAAAACUGCAUUGUAAGUUGUUAAAUGUACUCAUUAGUCACAAAUUGUCCAGUCACCGCAAUUAAUAUCAGAGGAGCAUAGAUAUCAAUAGGAUAAAUAUCAACACUGUACGUUCUUCCCAACAUAGCCUUCAUUACUUCCUAUAAAACUCAAACACAUUUGGUGUUUUUGUGCUCAGGUCAAAGCAAUAUGCACCAUCUUGUGGCAUUUUGGUGCCAAGAAACUAUGUUGAAGAAAGCUGAGGAGCUUCAUUUAGGGGAAAAAAAGUAGUGCUUUGCCACCAUCUUGGGGGGGGGGGGUCUUUUCAGAGGCACCAAAUAUGUGCAGAUUUUCACUCUUUACGGAACGUCCUAGCGGGGAAACCCAAUAAAACAAACGUCGGGGUGAAGAUAAUUUAAAAUGUACGAUUUUUUUUUCACUGAGAUGGCAAAGUCUCAGCAACUAUUAGUAACAAAUGUACAGCACAAUAACAACUUCAAUGAGAACCAGGGCUUCAGCGCGAGAGUGUGGCACAAUUGUCACCUACGGGUUAGCCACGUCUUCUUUUACGCUGUGAAUUAAGUCAACAUGAGAGCGAUGAUCGUGCCGGCGAAAGGUGAUGCCAUCUGGAGUCCAGUAUCUACCGUAUGUAAGAAAUGACGGUCAUCAACAUUGUGAGAUGUGACAAAAAGUUAUUUUCCCUCAAGCAGGGGCUCUCAAACCUUUUGGGUCCUGAAUGUUGCGAUGAAUUAAUUUUAUUUUUGGGGGGGGGGGGGGUGGGGGGGGGAUUUUGAAGGCUUCACUGCCUCAUAUGCGAGCUUGUCGCCACAAUCACCAAUACCCGUAUUUUAAGUAGGCCAUCUUAAAUUGGCGCUUAGAACACCGCAGUCUUUUUCUGAGAAGUUGUUGGCUCCUCUUCUGUGGUCAUUUAGCCAUUAGCCUUUUCCAAAGAAGCUUUCUAAAAAUACAGUAUUUGUUUUUUUCCCCUCAGUUUUGCUAGCUUGUAGGCUUACCUUUUUUUUUCUUUUUUUACUGUAUCACAUGAGAGCAGUUCGAUGUGUACAGAGGCACAUGCGGAUGCACCUGAUUUAAAAAGUACUACUACUGGGACUUUUCAGUGUCUGAUUAUCAAGAAGAUGUUCUGUUUGUCUGUAAAGCUGCCAAAUUGUCCAAAAAUAUUGUUUCUCUGUGUAAUGAGGGCAAAUUGCCCAGUUGCUCGGGCCGGUAGACGCAGACAACCACUUCUUAUUCGUAACGACACUGUAUUUGGUGGUUUUCAAAACCUUGUCCAAAUUGUGAACCGUCUCGUUAUCAAGGGCUCUGAUUUUAACACCAAUGCUUUAACAAGACCCCCCCAGCGGCUACAUGUAGCAUCCUGUCACCUUGACAAACAUACAAACAAACAAAAUCGGACAUUUUUUGUCAAUACUGCAGUUACAAUCAUCAGAUAUUUGACGGAACCAAACCAAAAGGAGAAGCAUGUGGCGAUUCCAAGAGUUUACAUGGCCUUACGCUCAUGUUAAUAUGGUUGACCACGGUGGGACCAAUGAAGGUUUCUUAUAUUUUAACAGGGGCCCAUGCUCCCAGCAAUUAUCCAGCACAUAUGAUUUAAAAAAAUAAAAAAUAAAAUCUCAAAGUUAAUUAAUAUUUAGUAAUUUAAACAAGCAGGAAAUUGGUUGUGUGCGUGUGCGUGUGUGUUCCUCAUCUGGAGACACUAACAACUGUAGACAUCAACAUCAUUAGCAUGUAUCACCAGUGACUCAAACAGCCUUUCUUCCUUUUUAUUGGCUGUAACAUCUACCUUUUUGCUUCUACAAUAAAUAAAUCGGUUGUGCAUCAAAAUA